AUGGCCCCUCUUCGUACUAUGACCGGGGAUACUUUCACCGAUGAGAAAACACCUCAAUCGCCAGUAUCGCCUACGAACACCGAUGCGACUCUAACAGGAGACUUCAUUGAGAGCACCGAAGACAGCCACUCUACUAUCCAGCCCUCGGUACGAACAGACUCAAUCGAUGUUGAGAGUGCACAGCCUCAGAACAAGAAGCGACCAAAGUUCUUGCGAAGAAUCACAGUCCCUUUCCGCUCAGAGCCUGAACCCGAAUAUGUGACUGAGAACAGAACGCGAACACUGGAGAAAACACCCAAUGGCUUCCCGAGACUUGCAGCAUUCCAAUCGAGUGAAGCCAACUUCUCACUGUACCGAUCCUUUAGCUAUCUGCAUUCACGUGUCCUGCUCGACUUGCAAGAUGAGAUCACAACACUAGAGAAAGAGUUGGACGAGAUCGACUGGGACGAUUAUGAUGAAGAUCCCGUACGUUUGAAGUCAAGGGACUUUGACGUCAGUCAAUCUGAUGGCGAAGGAGAGCCCCGUAGCCGACGAGUUAUAAUUCGAGAGAUUAAAACUAAGCUGAUGGAGUACGACGAGGUUCUCAUCAAGGCAAGGACUCUGGAAUCAUUUCAGAAGCCAUCAGACCGCAACUACCGCAGCGUACGACGCUAUUGUCAUAACCAAAAGCCGCUCUUGGAUGCCGAGAUGGACGCUAUCCGCAGCAAAGAAGACAUCGUUUCAUUGUACAACGGUCGCGAAUGGGCGACCUUCGAUGGCGGUGUAGAGACUCUAAUCAGCCAAACGGACCGUCUCUUACAAAGGAUCUUUGGUACCAAGGCGCCUCCACUACAAAAGUACUUCCGUACCCCAGAAGCACAAGAGAAGACGUCAGACCCCUACGUCUCCUUCUACAGCAGCUCCCGCAUUGACAAGCUUGUCAACAUCCUCAUCACAUUCGUCAUAUUCUGUCUCCUUGUUAUUCCUGUCAUCACCAUGUACCAGUUGACCAACACUGCCGCACACGUGGUGACGGACGCUGCAGGCAAUGUUACCACAACAAGCCAGGUCGACAUUGACAGCAGAGACACAUUCAACGCGGUUGGUGUACUGAUAGUGUUCACUCUGCUUUUCAGCGCGGCGAUGAGUUUGCUGACAAAGGCGGCGAGACAUGAGCUUUUCGCGGCUUCCGCAGCAUAUUGUGCGAUCCUGGUUGUAUUCAUCGGUAACUUCACUGGGCCUGGCAAUUGA